UAGAAAAAAAUUUAAUUUUCCAUUAACUUGCUUUAAAUUUCGGCAGUAAAUUCCAAACACCUGGACUACAUGCAAGGAAAUGGUGUAAAUUUUAAGGAAACUGUAUCCAGACCAUUUGAAAAAACAUUGAAAGAUUUAAAAGAAAAGUUUUAGGGUGUGCAGAAUCAUUUGCGGUCUUUUUACUCUUAUCACUCGUCAGGGAUCGGCAAAGAAGAGUUUUCAUGCCAAGGUAUCUAAUGAAAUAAGAUAAUACAGAAAGGGAUUUCUUACUUUCAACUUCUUGAUAUGCGAUGGGUCGAGGUAUGUAUUAUCUUUGAAGCAGAUUAAGUUCUAUGCAGAAUCUAUCGAAUUUACUCUUUUAAUGCUUCACAAUUUGAUGUCUUUCCAGAUUAACUUUUUCUUAGUUCAUGAGUCUUUGAUUGGAGUAAUCGUUUGAUUUACACAUUUAUCCCGUAAUUGUGCGACGGAAUGAUGAAUAUUACUAACAAGAUACAAAGAAACAUAGAGCAGGGAAAACAAGACACCACCACAAACUUCAUAAGUGAUGAAGUCUGAGCAGUGUUUGGUGUUGAAUGCAAAUAGGAAAAAUGAAAAGCCAGAACAUACGUGUAAAAAAAAGAGGGGUAACUUCGAAAAAUUACACGUGAAGAGAAAAACGAAAGACAGUGGAAGAAAAAAAAAACUAUGCGAAGAAAAAAUCGGGCAUCUUCUUUUUUGAUAAGGGUGAUAUAAGAUUCGUUUAUAUUAACCUUGUGAUAUUUAAAAGAUUCGAAUCUAAACUCUUUUGUUGAAAGCUAAUGGUUUGACUAUCAGAUCGAACUCUUGUUCGCAAUAUCAGACAUCUUCUUGUAUAGCACAAGUAAAAAGGAAAAAUAAAGUAUUGGUCCAUAUGGAUUUGCUCAACUUAUUUUAUGUUCAUGACAUCCUAAAAACCGAUCUUAACAAGCCUACAAAUGUAUAUGUGUGCAACUUCUAGCAUGUUUCAAGCAAAUGCUACCUCAAAGAUAAGUUUUCCUCUAUAAACCUUGUUCAUGUAAUGCAAUUGCCCCUUUGAAUUCUGAAUUCCAAUGUUUUAAUUCCUGAUGGCUACGACUUAAUUAAUUGAUCCAGACGGUUCAUUGGAUUGUGUUGUAUCCCAAUGCAUGUAAUUAAACAACUGUUAAAUUAAGUACAGAUGGGGAUGAAGCCACUUCCAAGAUGAAUGCAGCACUACAGGAAGCAGGAAUGCAUGAAGUCCCAGUCGAGUACUCGGAAGUCCUCUUCCUCGAGCCACAGCUCCGAGCCAUGGACGGAUUCUGCCGCCCCGCCGCAGACCACAUCCAGGUCAACUGCGGCUGCACCAGCAAGCGGCUCGGAGACUGCGUCGGAGUCCUCAGAGUCUAUUCCUCCGGCCAGUUCCUCAUCACUUGCCACUGCAACGCCUGCGACAGUUCCAAGCAAUAUACGCCGCACGAGUUCGAGAAGCAUGCCAGGAGGCAGGGGAACAGCAAGUGGAAGAGCCACAUUUGGGUUGCCGUGGAUGGCAAGAAGGUGGCGAUGUGGAGGACGGAGCUGUUCAAGUACUACAAGCACGCUGCCAAUGGCGCGAGUGGGACCGUGAGGCGACAGUUUCAUCGCGACGAUUUCAUCCCCUGCUCCAGCUGCGGCAAGGAGCGCAGGUUUCGGCUCCGAAACAAGCAGCUCUGCAGGGUCUACCAUGAUGCUCUUCUCGCCAAGUCUACUUGGAAAUGUGCUGAUAGGCCUUACGACAGGAUUACGUGCGGGGAUCCAGAGGAGAGGGGAAGCAGGAAAAAGUACAGAGGGUGUCCAAGGGCUUCAUACUGCAGAGGCUGCACAAUUUGUUCCUGUGUUGGGUGCCUCAUCUGCAGAUUCGUCGACUGCGGAUGCCGAAACUGCACCGACUUCAUGGAGAAUGCAAACCCAUAGCCCGUGCCAUCAAUCCAUACUCCCAAUGAUCUAUCUGCAAUCUGCAAUGCUUAUUUAUCAGCUGUCUCAUUAAUUAUCUUGAAGAACUAGCUAGUCGUGUUGGACUAAUACAGUCAACCAAAGUGACAAAAGGGUUUUUAUGUUUUCGUUUGUUUCGCCAAGAUCUUUGAGAAGACCAAGAGGACUCUUUCUAGGCUUUAUCUUUCUGUACUCCCAAUGGUUGAUUUGGAGAUAAUGGAAGAUACUCUAGUUUCAGCCAUAUUUGCAUUGGGGUCGUUUCCUAUUCUAGUGGGAAUUACAUUGGAAAAGAAAAUGGGAUGGAAUUCUAUUGGAGAUAGCUAGGGGGAACUAGAAGUUGGCCUACUACUAGCUGUUUCUUCGUAACCUGCAACUACACUGCUUGCAUGCAUGUGUUCCUAAUAAUCUGAACUGAACAAC